UGCCCCAGACAAAAAUGCCCUGCCAUUUUCAGAAGCUGUCUGGUACAGCAUACUUACAUGUAUUAUGUGAUAUGUAUAGUCAUGGAAAUCGCAGGAUUUUUGUUGAAAUGAAGACUUCUUUUCUGAAGAAAUGAAGAUAUAGUUUGAUAUCAAGGUACACUAUAUUAUUUUUUGUUCAUCAAAAAUAUCUGAUUAAAUAUAGCUUGAACGUUGCCUUCUUUCAAGUAUUCUUCUUUUCCAGAUUACAUAAUGACUGAGCAACACUGAAUGUUUCAAUCACACUGCAGUUUAAUAUUAUGUCCUAAUCAUAUAUUAUUAAUAUAUAUUCACCUAAAAUUAUGAUUGCAUAAUUAUGAUGGCAAAUUUGAGCAUAUUGACUGCCAGACGAUUACAAAAAUGACAAAGGAAACACAUACAUUUUCUGUUAACUCUUCCUUAUAGAUACCAACAUCACAUCAACUCUCGUGGCAAAGAUAGGCAGUGAAGCACAGGCAGGUAAAUAUUUUGUUUGAGUCUCCUACCAGGGCGCCCCCUCGUGCCCCUAGAGAUGCAUGACUCCCCUCUUGAUUCACAAAAAAAUAAUGGGCGAAAAAAGAACACUGAAGGCAUUUCGGAGUUCGUGGUGGAAAGAAGAAAGACAUGUAAAUGCAAAUAGUCUACAUACAAAUACGCUGUGGUCUAUAAUGCACUCUUUGCGUCCAGUGAAGCCAAAAAUGUCCAAACCCAAAUUAAUACUGAAUCACCUCUGCUGGCAGCCUCAAGAUCUCGCCCCAACAGGUAUAUUAUCCAGUGAACCAUUUGUAGAGUGAACUAAGCAUAUAUUUUGUCUCUCUCUCUCUGUUAUCUAUUCCCACACAAUGUAUAAGGCAUGUCACAAUGUAAAUGGACUAGUUUUAUCCUAAACAAGAUAAAAUAGUAUUCAGAUAUUAAUUAAGAGCAAUUACACAGCCAUUGAGGACCCACUUAGGUGCAACACUUAGACAUAGCUUUGUCUAUAAUUAUGCCUGCUAGGGCUGUUUUAAUGUUGUAACUUCACUGAUGAUUUCCAGAUAACAGCGGUCAAAUAUCAACAGGUAAUUUACCUAAAUAUUUCUGCCCAAUGUUCUUCUUGAGGUAGAUCUCUUACCCUUUCAUAACAUCGAUGGGGUUUUCUUUAUGGGGUUUUCUGCUAACAGGUUAGCCUACUUUUUGCUGAAGUGACAGUUGGUGUGUCGUGAAUACGCUUGGCUCAGCCUCCGCCGUUCUGUUGUGCGUGCGGGUCCACGCGUUAUGAAAGCGCGCUCACAGACUCUCAGGUGAAUGGAGAGAGGGGGACAAGAGAGGUUCUGCUGUCCUGUCUUCGUCGUUGAAACUGAAAAAUAGGGAAAAUGGGACUUUGUGAGUUUAGAAGGACACCCAUUUUUAUUUUGUCCUUCCUGUUUUGGAUCACAGGAUGUGCACCGCAAAAAGUGUAUUUUGACUGCGGAGCCAAAGUGGAUGUUGUAGAUGCCCAAGGGCUCAUUCUGUCCCCUGGAUUUCCCUAUAACUACUCAUCAGGGACUCACUGUGUGUGGCAGUUCUUUGUGCCUGUAGGCCACCAGCUCAUAAUGGAGAUGUUUGACUUUGACGUCUUCGAGAAUCACAAUAGCCAGGCCAGAUUUUCAGCAAUAUCAGAGGGGGGCCUGGACGAGGACGAGAUGAUGGAUGACAGUGCUGUGUACUCGACUGUGAGGUCAGAGGCGGUGGGUUCCGCAACCCAGCCCGAAGACCUCGCCCCGCCGACCCAAGACAGCAGCAGCAGCAGUCCCAAGGAGCCCCAGUCUUCGCCAAAGGACGUGGUCAAGCCCGUGGUCAUCCAAGAGCAGUCCACAAAAAUGGAGAUGGCCAAAGUGUCCAACUCUGCCAAAUGGUCCUCGUCUUCGCCGUCGAUUGUCCCUUCACUGCAGUCCCCUUCACAGCAGGGUACUGGGAUGGAGCCUCAGGGAGACAAAGCCCUGAACGACAUCUCCCCUCAGGGCCUCAGGGCUGACGCCAGACUGGGGGGGGGUGAGUUCGUGAGCGACCCUACCUCGCCUCCCCCUUUGCCCACAGAUGCCGAGUCAGUAAGUCCGGAGACGCAGCAAUCACAAGUAGACGCGUGCCCGCAUGACGUCCUCUAUAUCUCUGACCUGAUCACCUUCUCCUCUCGCUUCUGUGGCGCCAAUCGGCCAGCCAGUAGCCAGCUGGUGUUUGGCUCUUCAGAUGGGAUGGUGGAAGUGAUCAUGGAGCUUAUCACCACCACCCACUGGGGCCGCGGCUUCGCACUUCUCUUCCACUACCGCAACCACACCGAUGCCAUGGCCGACCAGCGCUCCCUCACCCCCACGGCCAGGAAAAUGGACGCCCUGCUGGCCAUUGUGAGUGGGGCAGCCUUCUUUGCUGUGGCUCUCUCUUGUGUGCUCUUUAUUGUCUUCAGACCAAAACUAUGCGCUAAAGGAGCCAGCGCAUCUCCCUCCAGCAACCCUGAGGUGCCACAGCUUGUGCAGAACCCUGGGGUGGAUGUCAGUGAGCUCCAGCUGGUGCCUCCCAAUGACCUUGGACAAGAGGUUGUGCCCAAGAAUGGCAACAACAACCGCUCACACAGCCUGAGCCUGCCAAACACAGGGUUGUCAUUCACCGCUGGCGGUGAGGUUUCCACCAAUCCUGAGCUGGACAUCUCCUCUGGUGGGCUCACAGAGCUUGAGCUGGGCACAGAUGAGGUGUUUGUGAUCUCCUCCGGACCCAUUCCAAGCAGAUUGCCAUUCUGUCUCCACACGCGGGAUAGGUUCCUGCGACACAGCGAUACUGGUCCAUCCCAUGUAAGUGACUGGCCAUCUCAAGAGCCCUCUGCCCUACCUACAGCUACCCCUGCAGGAACUACGGGGUCUUUCAGCAGUGCUCGGCCGCGAGCCUGGAGCGUCCGCACCUUCCAGGACUUUCUGCCUCCUCUGCCACAGCUGCAUAAGAAGUGGUGCAGCUGGAACUCCACCAGCCCCUUCACCAAGCUGGUUGACAGUGCACCCUCCAGCUCGGUAGCAGACUGCCAAACUGACGGCAAGAGGAAGGUCUUCUCUGACCCCCAGCUCGGGAGCAAGACCGACACCAGCCAGUCCGACUCCUCCAUGAGUAACGCCUCCUAUCCCCUCGCCCAGCCCGCUCAGCGCCAGCGUCGCCUCAACUCCACCAGCAACCUGCGCCGCACCCGCUUUGCCUCCCCCUGCUUCGGCCUCCUCUCUGGGUCGCCGGAGAGCAGCAAGUCGGCCCCUGUGGGCUACCAGGGUGCUGAUCCCCAUAGCGGAGGCAGUUCCCCGGGGCAACAACAGCAGCUUGGUGAAGCGCUGGCAGGGAAUGUCAGAGAUUUCGCUGGAGGGGGCGACGAUCACAUCAACGUGCCGGUAUUCGCCAUAUCAGAGGAGGAGGACCGGCAGCCACUGGUGCUGGCCGAGCACCUCAGCCAGUCCUCCGUCAUGCACAACGGACUGUGCCAGGGCAAAAGGCUCACAGACGGGGGCGCAGUCAACGGAUCCGUCCUGUCCCGCGGCAAGUCUGAGUGGAGGCCGUGGGCCAAUAACACCACAGGAGAGGCGGGGCUUCUCCUGGCUGACAUGCCCACUGGAGUUGCAGAUCCAGCGUUGGUGAUGUCAAACAGCUUGUCUGGUCAGAUACAACUGUCCUCUCUUGGCCAAUAAACAAAGCCAUGCAGUAUGAUGGGCCAAGGACAUGACCAAUCAAAGCACUGUUUGGAGUCGGAACUGAGAAAUGACUCGACUCCUAAGUUGAACCAGCCAUGUUGAGCUGGUACUACACUGGCAAGGGCAAACCGGCCAAACAGCCUUUGAAAAUAAAUUCCUGCAGUUAAACGUGCCGUGAAUCUAUCUGAUUCUUCUUGACAAAGAGUGAGGAAAGAACUUUUUUUCUAUAUAUGUGUGUAAUCAUUUUUGUUACUCUUUACCAUCCAUUUACCUACCAUUAUAUCUGCACAAGAUCUGGUCAAUAUAUUAUCAGACUGAAUGAAGCAUAACUGCAAAAUCACAGCUGAACUACCUAAUGUCAUGUAUCUGAUCUGUCUCCACUUAACAAGUAGCCUAAUCCAUUUCAGUCUCUGCUUUUAUGUUGCUUAUAAAUGAAAAUAACAUCGUAUAUGUAAAUACAGUAGUUAGAGGUAAAGGUAUUACAUUUUACCAUCCACUAGUGCUAUGAAUUAAUACUUACUGAAACAAUAGAUUGUAUGUUUCUUUUCUAUAUCAAAGUGAUAUUCCAAAUACCUGCACUUUUUUUUCUACACAACCUUGUCCUUAAUCCUUCAGUACUAUGUAGAGGACCAAUUAGUGUGGAUCGAGCAGCAAGCCGCUUGGCAGGCCCUCUCUGUGAUUCACUUAGUUAUUCAUUGGUCCAACAUGCUUCUGCACACUGCGUUAUAUAACGUGUAUGGCCCUGUUCCUACUUGUGCGUCAUAUCAGCACACCUUCAGUGGGACCGCGGCCAAUGCUGCUACUGCUGUUGCUGCUACGCGUGCUCACGCAUAACCUCCGCUCGGCAAGACCUCCGGUACUUUCCUCUGCCCUGCUGGAUCGCGACCGGCAGACGCGGAGUCACCCAAAAUGCCGUUUCAUUUACACGCGUGUGGCCUGCGGAAAAGGCUGCUGUUGUUCCAAGCUUUAAAAAGGGAACUUAUAACUGUGUAAACAUGAAGGAGAAAAAAAAUGCAACUAACCUUAUGUGUAAAGUACACGCUACUGUAUAGAGGAUAUUAUAGUGAGUGUAACAAGAAACGAGGAGUUGAAAGGGGAGUGUGUGAACGAGCUUCACUUCUAAUAAAACCUAUGUGCCA